AUGCUGUCCAUACUGAUAGUUUUGAGCGUCUUCUUUCUGAGUGAGGAAACGAUCGUGUCAGGAGCAACCAUCACCAACAACGAGCCGACCUACUACGUGGUGGAAGGAGGAUCAGCCUCGUUUCCAUGGCGAUAUACAGUGGGAUCUGGGGAAACGUUAAGGAGAAUAAAUUGGAUAAAAACAAGUUCCGACCCUGUGGUUGACAUUUUGGAAAUAGACAGAAGUGGGAAUGCCUACAUCUACUCUGCUUAUGUUGGCCGAGCUACAACAACCUGGACAAGCACCAAUGGUGAGGCCAGUCUUCAGCUGACCGGGGUCACGUCUGCAGAUGUUGGGGUCUACAGGUGUUCUGUCACUGUUGACGGUAUCGGUAGCAAUCCAGCUGAGGAAAGUACACAGCUCAUACUCGCAGUCCCUGCCAGCAUCACCACACCCCCACCCGGUACAACCCGUGUGAAACAAGGCGAGUCUGCCACAAUCAGCUGUCCUGCUGAGGGAACUCCUGACACCUUCAGCUACACAUGGAAGGAAGGUACCAGGGUCAUUGACCCCAGUACAGAGGACCAGUAUAGUGAGGAUAACGGUGUUCUCACCAUCACAAAUACCCCAAGAAGCCUACACGAUACCACCUACACCUGUGAGGUGACCAACAAUGUGGGAAUGCCUGAUACAGCAUCCACAGUUCUCAGUGUGGAAUAUGCCCCUGAGGUAUCGGCUCCAAGUGAGGAAACCGUGACUGAAGAUGAGACCCUGACUGUGGAGUGCACGGUGUCUGCCAGACCUGCUGCCAGUGUGGAGUGGAAGAAACAGGGCAGCAGCACAGCUGUCUCCUCUACAGCACAGCUGUCCAUCUCAAACAUCCAGCAGGCAGCAGCUGGCACGUAUGUGUGUACAGCAACAAACACAUUCCAUGAUGGCAGCGCUGGAACUGGGACAGCAAACACUGUCGUCACUGUGCAGUACAAGCCCUCCCAGCCAACUGUUGAGAUCACCCCAAACCCAGUAGUAGAAGACCAGACAGUGACCCUGACGUGCAGCUCUGACGACUCCGUCCCACCUCCAGCCUCCUACUCCUGGACACGAGAUGGACAGUCUGUCUCCCACAGUGGAGGAACUCUGACCUUCACCAAUGUACAGCGUGGUGAGGCUGGACAGUACAGGUGCACGGCUACUAACGUGGUGGGGACGUCACAGGAGAGUGGUGCUGUGGGACUGGUGGUGAAUUACAAGCCCUCCCAGCCAACUGUUGACAUCACCCCAAACCCAGUAGUAGAAGACCAGACAGUGACCCUGACGUGCAGCUCUGACGAGUCCGUCCCACCUCCUACCUCCUACACCUGGACACGAGAUGGACAGUCUGUCUCCCACAGUAGAGGGACCCUGACCAUCAACAAUGUACAGCGUGGUGAGGCUGGACAGUACAGGUGCACGGCUACUAACGUGGUUGGGACGUCACAGGAGAGUGGUCCUGUGGGACUGGUGGUGAAUUAUGAACCGUCAGGAACCACUGUCACACCGAGUACGGCAGUAGAGAAAGAAGGAGACCCCCUCACUCUUACAUGUACGGCUGACGGGAACCCUGAUCCAACCUUUACAUGGAGCAAGGCCCCAGGACCAAUCCCAGCAGGCAUUGCCAACAACAAUACCACACAGAUCACAAGUCUCCACAGAAAUGAUGCAGGCACAUAUACCUGUACAGCUGACAACGGCAUAGGACAAUCUGACUCAGCUACAAGCAUUGUGGAUGUGCUGUAUCUGGACACACCAACACUGAACCAAACCUCACCUGUGACCGUGUCAGAGGGAGACUCUGUAAGCGUCAGGUGUUCAGCCGUUGCAUAUCCUAUUGCUGAUUCCCCCGAGUUGAUAGUAACCGCCACUCCCAACCCCGUGCACGAAACCCAGUCCGUCAGCCUGACCUGUGAGGCAAACAGUAACCCUGACGUCACCUCCAUGACGUGGAUGUUUGUGGAGACAGGAGAAACUCUACUACAGCAGACUACAGGAAAUUCUCUCAUCUAUACCAACAAUUUUGUUAGUCAUGAAAAUGCAGGUGUCUACAGGUGUACAGCUGACAAUGGUGUGGUGGGAUCACCUGUGAGCAAGGAAACUACUCUCAAUGUCAACUUUAUCCCAAUCUUCAACCACACCAGAGACAGGUACGCCAUAGGCAGGUCCCAGCCUGUCACACUGGAAUGUUCUGCCUUCGCCUACCCGCCACAGAUAGUCUACACAUGGAUGAAGGGUGGAUAUGACAUCACUGGUAAUGCCACCAGCCAGGAUGGAGUCAGCACUUUCUACAUAGCAGACGUGGAGAGGGAGAACUAUGGGGACUACACGUGUACCGCAACGAAUGAGCAUGGACAACGGGCAACAGUUAUUCAACUGGUGGCUGAAACCAAACCAGAACCUUCCACCAACCUUGACUACACUAAGAAGACAGCAGCAGGCAAUGUCACCUUGAUAUGGACAGCGGCGUCUAAUGGUGGUCUGAAGACAGAUCACACUGUACAGUACAGGCUGGACGGAACUACAGACUGGGUCAUUGUCAAACAAGUCACUGAGGAAGCUUCCAAGAACAGACCCGAGUUCACAGAGAAUGUGAAACUCCCUGGAAAAGGACAGUACGAGAUCCGCAUCCAGGCAGAGAACAGUCAGGGAGCUGUGUACUCUAACGUCAUCCAGGUUCUGAUAGAAGACAACCGAAUCCUGUAUGGAACCCUUGCCAUCACCAGUGUUCAGUACAGCAAGGGGAUUUGUGAUGGAGAGCUUUCAAACAGGAUAGUAACACAGGUGAACUCUAUAUUUGAGCUAUACAAAGGCUAUGAAGGAGCAGAGGUGACAGGCUGCAGAUCCGGCAGUGUCCUUGCUGAUUUUGAGGCUACUGUGGCCCAAUCUGAGUCGGCUGCAGCCCAGACCAGUUACACUAGUAACUUAAUAGAUGGUCAGUUGGGAAAUCCCGAUGAGAACGGAUUCACUGUUGAUCCUGAAAACAGCAGGAUUAGUGAGACCGAACCUGCGGAUAUCAGCGGAGUCGACUCAACGGUUAUAAUCAUAGCUGUGGCGAUCAGUGCUGUGGUGCUGAUUGCCGUGGUUGUUGUUGUCGUAGUGAUUGCGAGAAGACAUGCAGCCCGUGGUGGAUAA